AUGAAUUUAAGGAAACUACGAACUCCAGCAAAUUGGUGGAAGCAUUUUGGAAAGGACACCCCUGAGUUGACAAAGUUUGCUAUUCGGGUCCUUAGCCUUACUUGUAGUGCAUCUGGGUGUGAGAGGAAUUGGAGCACAUUUAAGCAGAUUCAUACAAAGAAAAGAAAUAGACUUGAACAUCAAAAGCUCAAUGUUAUAGUAUAUGUGAAGUAUAAUAUGGCACUAGGAGAGAGAAGUAUUAGAAGGAGGUCAAAGAUUGAUCCAAUAUUGGUGAAUGAAAUUGAGUCCGAUGAUGAAUGGAUAGCUGAGGUUGAAGAACCAAUUCUACCAACUGAUCUUAUUUGGCUUAAUUCUCAAGAAUUUUAUAUGAUGUUGAUGUCACCAGAAAUAUGCCCACUGAACCUUAUGAAACUGAUUUACUACUCGAGUGCCUAUUAUGUGGAGCCUGUUUAUACCAAAAUGAACACCCAAUGA